AUGUGGAUGAUGUUACUGCGUACUGCCGCUGUCGCGAAGAUGAGAGAGGUGUGGUUCAUUGUCAAUGGUGUUCACAUCCGUUACGGGUUGAGGGAACACACAUUGAUAUCUGGCCUAAACUGCUGCAAUUAUCCUCUCGGAUACAAGGAGUUUUGCAAGAAGAAAUUUGUGAAGCGCUAUUUCAAGAACGGCGAAACAAUAAGGUUGGAAGAUGUGAAAGCGAAGUUGUUGGCAAUGGGAGCCCAUAGAGACAGGUUGAGGAUGAUGGUUCUGUUCUUUUUAGGAAGUGUUAUAUGCGCACAAACCAAAGUUGGUCCAGGAGCCAAUGAUGGAAGUGUUAUAUGCGCACAAACCAAAGUUGGUCCAGGAGCCAAUGAUGUAUUGGAUUUUUUCCAAAGAGCUGUGGAUGAUCUUGGAUACUGCAAGACCUUUCCAUGGGGGAGAUACUCCUUUGAUUAUAUGGUUAAAGAGAUCUCCCACACAAUGGAUCAUUUCGGAGGAUUGGUGAAAGAGAAGACGCUAUGGCCACUUCCAGGGUUCUGUAUUCCUCUACAGCUUCUUGCUUUCGAGGCAAUUACUGAGUUGGGAAAGAGGUUUAGACAACCGGUUGAGGAAGUUGAUCCCGAGUGUCCGAGAAUGUGUCAGUCAACGUUAAAAAAAACAGAAAUGAAAGGGUUUCCUCUUGCAAGUGUUAAUCAAGAACUGGAUAGGAUUAAGCCACAGGAUAUUGACAGCAUCCUACCUACCAGGAAUGAUGAAGAAAAAGCUCUUUUGACCGUUAUUCAUGAAGAGAACGACGAUGACGAUUGCCGUGAUCUUGCUGUGGACAGCUGGAUUAAGCGUAUUAAUGAAGGAUAUACCGUCGUUUUUGAAGACAUGUAUCAAAAAGACAUUGCAGCUCGACAGGUAAGUGAAGGAUCCGUUAAUGCAGAACAGACAGUCCUUGAAGGCAUUGCGGGAGGGAAAGAAGCGGCAGAACAGAAGAAGAUGUUGGAGGAUGUGAUGAAGAAAAAGAAAAGUCUUGGGAAUCAGUUUGAGAGAGUGAUGUCGAUUGUGGAAAAAUUUGAGGAAAGGUUGGUGUCGGUUGAGUCUUUUGUGAAGGAAGCGCAGAAGGGAUCAGAGAAGAAGUAA